AUGGGCUUUGGGAAGUUCUUACCCUUCCUGGCUCUUGGCAUCUUGGUCCUGUACCAGGUGGGCAUGCUCGAGGCAGCACCAGUCAGGUCUGCCACGGAGGACAUCACACUCAGUGAGGAGGAAGAGGAAAUCCUUCUGGCUAUCCUGGUGAAGGAGAUGAUGAAGAAGAUGAUCGGUGAAAAGGAGCAGGCAGAACUGGAUUCCAGUGCUGCUACCCAGAAGAGAACCUGCAACACAGGCACCUGCUUGACCAAUAAGCUUGCUGUGCUCUUGAGCCAGUCUGGAAGUGCUGCCCACGCCAAGCUGCUGCCCCCUACCAUGUUCACCCAGGGCUAAAGCCCUAAAGGAAGGGAUCCCAGGAAGAAGAUGAUGGAGGCUGAACCCUACCCACUUCUUUAAAUUUAUCAUAAAAACAAUUGGAAAAAUACUAAACACACAUGUG